AUGCGCCUCUCUACCAGCUCUACUCAGUCGACCCCGCGCAUCCGCAGUAGCAGUGGCCGCGACGAGAAGCUUGAAGGUCUCCGCCUCUUCAAAGCCCGAGCAUCCUUCCAGACCGCUCUCCUUCGCGCCCGCGUGUCCCGCGCAGCCCACCGCCUCGCGCACCCGAGAGACAUCGCUCACCACGACCACCGGCUUGAUUAUGUCACACCACCUUCACUCCCAACACCCAGCGAGUCGGCGAUUCUCGAGUACAGCAUCCCACACCGCGACUCGCUAACCGUGAUCUCGCAACGCCGACACCGUCGACGCCGUGGACACCAUCUAAGGGCAGACCUUGAUAGUAGCGCCAGCUGGGUACAAGUCGAACAGCGCUCGCGCCCGACUACCGACGAAGAGUACGGAGAGAUGGCAAAGAUUCUGAAGAUGGAGAUCGCGUUCGCUGUGGCAAAGUGGGAGGAGAUGGCUAGGAUGAGAAUGGCUAGGCUGGCUAGUGCUGGCUCCGGUAUGUCGGGAGAGACACUGGUGGAAGAGGAGUAUUGA